AUGCGCGCUACGGUACUCUCGUUUACUUUGCUAAUAGAGUGUGUGGCCAAAUGCCGAAUGGAGAAAGCUUCAGAAAGCAACGCGUGCGACACUGCUGGUUCCACCACGCGCGCACGUUCCCUGCUGUUAAAUGGGGUGGCUAAAUAUGGAGAACCGCAGGCGCCCACAGCUUCCCCCCCCCCUGUUUGGCGUCGUCGUCUCCAAAGUUCCCUACUACAGUAA